AUGUGGUCUGUGGGCACAGCUGCCUACCAGGUGGAGGGUGGCUGGCAGCAGGAUGGCAGGGCUCAGUCCAUCUGGGACACCUACUGCCACAAAGAAGAACGAAGCACUGGAGAUGUGGCCAGUGACAGCUACAACAACCUGUACAGGGACACGGCGGCUCUCCAGAUCCUGGGGGUGGCCCAUUACAGGUUCUCCAUCUCCUGGUCCCGGCUGUUCCCUAAUGGGACAGAAGAUGGUCACAGCCAGGCAGGGCACUCCUAUUACCGGGCACUCAUUGACAGGCUGAAGGAGGUGGGCAUAGAGCCGGUGGUCACCCUCUACCACUGGGACUUACCGCAGAGGCUGCAGGACCUCUAUGGUGGAUGGCUCAAUGAGUCCAUGGUGGACAUCUUCCAAGCCUAUGCCAAGGCAUGCUUUAAGCUCUUUGGAAAGGAUGUCAAGUACUGGAUUACCAUUGACAACCCUUAUGUGGUGGCAUGGCAUGGCUAUUCCACUGGUAAAUUACCCCCUGGCAUCAAAGGAAAGAAACUGCUUGGCUACAGAGCUGGACACAACCUCAUUAAGGUAAGAAGGUGUAAGAGGUGUGUAUAUGUCUGUAUAUUUCUAUUCUAG